GCUGGGAGUUGAAACUGCGGGUCUCUUUCUCUCAUCAUGCACCGGGCGAAGCAUGAGAAAACUCAAUAAUUCUGCUUCUCUUCAAUCCACAUAUCUGAUCUUUCCUUCACUCUGAAUCCAUAGGACCACUUUCUAGGGUUUUGAAUAAGGGAUAAAGUUAAAGCUGAUCAUUUCUGGUUAUACACACAUUCCUAUGCACAUCCAAUCACCAAGACUCACUUCACUUCUUCCUUUUAUCUGAGAAUACAGAGGAGGGAUUGCUUGCUUCCAAGCAGUCUCUGGGACUUUCCUGAGCUCUGUCCUCCUCUUGGGCCAGUGUGAAAACGCGAUCCUAAGGGGAGGAAUUGUUUGGAUGUAGCAAGAGCUUUGCGGGGAGAGAUGUUGGCGAUGGAGAAGGAUUUUGAUUCCAAGUUGAAGAUUCAGAGUAGUCCGUCUGGUGAUGGGAGUGUCCAGAGAUCUCAGAGCAUUCCUUUCCGGGCUCCUCAGGAGAAUUGCUCCAUCCAGGAUUUUGAAUUGGGAAAGAUCUACGGCGUUGGUUCUUAUUCUAAGGUUGUGAGGGCAAAGAAGAAGGACACGGGAUCUGUUUAUGCAUUGAAGAUCAUGGACAAAAAAUUUAUCACCAAGGAGAACAAAACAGCUUAUGUGAAGUUGGAACGGUUAGUGCUUGAUAAAUUGGAUCAUCCUGGCAUUGUGCGGCUGUUUUUCACAUUUCAAGACACUUUUUCUCUGUACAUGGCACUUGAAUCCUGUGAAGGCGGAGAACUUUUUGAUCAAAUAACCAGGAAAGGUCGGUUGUCUGAGGAUGAAGCACGAUUCUAUGCAGCUGAAGUUGUGGAUGCUCUUGAAUACAUACAUAAUUUGGGCUUGAUACACCGUGAUAUUAAGCCGGAGAACUUGCUGCUUACAGCUGAAGGACAUAUUAAAAUAGCUGAUUUUGGGAGUGUGAAGCCUAUGCAGGGUAGCCAAAUCAUGGACUUCCUUCCAAAAGCAGCAUCAGAUGAUAGAGCCUGCACAUUUGUGGGGACAGCUGCUUAUGUCCCUCCAGAGGUUCUUAAUUCUUCUGCAGCAACAUUUGGAAAUGACCUCUGGGCCCUUGGAUGCACAUUAUACCAAAUGCUCUCGGGAACUUCUCCUUUUAAAGAUGCGAGUGAAUGGCUAAUUUUCCAAAGAAUCAUAGCUAGAGAUAUUCAAUUUCCUGACUAUUUUUCAGAUGAGGCAAGGGACCUUAUUGACCGGUUACUGGAUUUGGAUCCCAGCAAGAGACCAGGUGCAGGACCUACUGGUUAUACUGUUUUGAAAAGGCAUCCAUUUUUCAAGGGAGUAAACUGGAGUAACAUUAGGGAUCAAAUCCCCCCAAAACUUGCAAUGGAACCGGGGUCACCUGAAGGUGAUGAUGUUUAUGAUUCAUCAUGGAACCUUUCUCAUGUUGGUGAUGGUCCUGUUAGGCAACCUGAUGGAAAUAUUGGUACUACAUCAUCUUCUGAGGGGUCUGGUCACGUAACAAGGCUAGCCUCAAUGGAUUCUUUUGAUUCAAAGUGGAAACAAUUUUUGGAUCCCGGCGAAUCUGUCAUUAUGAUCUCUAUGGUAAAAAAGAUGCAGAAACUAACAAGCAAGAAGGUGCAGCUUAUCCUUACUAACAAACCAAAGCUGAUCUAUGUGGAUCCGUCAAAGCUUAUUGUGAAGGGAAAUAUAAUAUGGUCUAAUAAUCCAAAUGAGUUAAGCGUUCAAGUAACAAGUGCUUCUUGUUUCAAGAUUUGCGCUGCAAAAAAGGUAUUGUCAUUUGAGGAUGCCAAGCAAAGAGCUUAUCAGUGGAAGAAAGCAAUUGAAGGGCUACAAAACCGGUGAUAUUCCUUUUGCAUUUGACAACAGCCUUUUACCUCUGGACUAUCCUGUGAUCAGAGUUAUUCAUCAAUAUGAAAUUCAGUUGUGGAUUUAACCUUAUUCCCAAAGUUGGCUCAGUGGGAAACCUGAAAUCACUGCUUUGUAUUUGUAUUUGCAUGUUAGUUCAGCCAUUCAUGAAAAUCUAGAUUUAGGGUUGAAAUUAAACUUUUUAGGGGUUAAUAGUGUAUUAAUUUCUAAGCUUGUUGCCAAGCCCUGAUCAGAAUGGGAUUUGGAUCCCUCAAUUGAGUUCUUUCAAUUGAGCCUCACUGCCAUUACAGACAUUUUUUAAAAAAAUGAACUCCUAAUUUCUCUC